UGACUAUUUUCAUCAGGCAGCUGGUCACGGUCCCCUUGGGUUUCAUCAGGCUUUGAACCACUCGCAUUUUGUUUUUUUAAACCCUGAUCCUUUCCAGUGGAAACACUCUGUGCUUGAAAGGAAAACGUCUCUCGGAAGCAGACGUCAUGGCAGGCUUCCUAAGGGUCUUCUUGGUUCUCAGUGCCACUCUCUCAGGUUCCUGGGUGACUCUUACGGCCACUGCGGGACUCAGCUCAGUGGCUGAACACGAAGACGCACUCCUCAGACAUUUGUUCCAAGGUUACCAGAAAUGGGUUCGCCCUGUGUUGAAUUCCAGUGACAUUAUAAAAGUGUAUUUUGGCUUAAAAAUAUCCCAGCUUGUGGAUGUGGAUGAAAAGAAUCAGCUGAUGACGACGAAUGUGUGGCUGAAGCAGGAAUGGACAGACCAAAAAUUACGCUGGAAUCCGGAAGAAUAUGGUGGAAUUAAUUCGAUAAAGGUUCCAUCGGAAUCCCUCUGGCUGCCUGACAUAGUUCUCUUUGAAAAUGCUGACGGACGUUUUGAGGGCUCCCUCAUGACCAAGGCCAUUGUGAAGUCCAGUGGAACCGUCAGCUGGACUCCUCCCGCCAGCUACAAGAGUUCCUGCACCAUGGAUGUCACAUUUUUCCCGUUCGACAGGCAGAACUGCUCGAUGAAGUUUGGAUCCUGGACUUACGACGGUACCAUGGUUGACCUCAUUCUAAUCAAUGAAAACGUUGACCGGAAAGACUUUUUUGAUAACGGAGAGUGGGAGAUACUCAACGCAAAAGGGAUGAAGGGCAACAGAAGAGAAGGCUUUUACUCCUAUCCGUUUGUUACCUACUCUUUUGUCCUGAGACGCUUGCCCUUGUUUUACACGCUCUUUUUGAUAAUCCCCUGCCUGGGGUUGUCUUUUCUCACGGUCCUGGUGUUCUACCUACCCUCGGACGAAGGGGAAAAACUCUCAUUAUCCACCUCCGUUUUGGUCUCUUUGACAGUGUUUCUUUUAGUGAUUGAAGAAAUAAUCCCGUCCUCUUCGAAGGUCAUCCCCCUCAUUGGCGAGUACCUCCUCUUCAUUAUGAUUUUUGUCACGCUGUCUAUUAUCGUCACGGUUUUUGUAAUUAAUGUCCACCACAGAUCUUCCUCAACGUACCAUCCCAUGGCCCCCUGGGUGAAGAGGCUAUUUCUGCAAAGGCUCCCGAGAUGGCUGUGCAUGAAGGACCCCAUGGACCGCUUCUCUUUCCCGGAUGGAAAGGAGAGUGAUACAGCCGUGAGGAGGAAAGUCUCAGGCAAAAGGAAACAGACUCCCGCUAGUGAUGGAGAAAGAGUUCUGGUCGCUUUCCUGGAGAAGGCCUCCGAGUCCAUCAGAUACAUUUCCAGGCAUGUGAAGAAGGAACACUUCAUCAGCCAGGUAGUGCAAGACUGGAAAUUUGUGGCUCAAGUUCUGGACCGCAUCUUCCUGUGGCUCUUUCUGAUAGCUUCGGUGUUGGGUUCCAUUCUGAUUUUUAUUCCAGCCUUGAAGAUGUGGAUACAUCGUUUCCACUAGGAGCCACUCCCCGGACCCAUUUAGAAGAUACAUAGAGACAAUCCUACCUUAGGACUGACAGCGGCUGGCAUGCUCACAGGAAGCAGAGCCAUGCAAUCGUAGUGGUGCCCUUGUCUUGUCCUGGGAGCCUUCUCUGAUUGCAGGGCACUGAGAGAAUGUGGGUUUGAGCUAGUGAGAUGGUGGCUGCCAUUAGAGGUGUAGUUGGGCAAUUCGGAGAAGUCUCCAUGUUAUAUUGUUAUGUGGGAGUUCCUGAACUCCUCCCUCUGCUCAUCCCUGAACGCACUGGGGCUAUGUGGUAUUUCUCUAGCAGUGUGGGUGAACGCAUUUUGACAACAGUUUCAGGAGUUACGCAGGUACAACUCUCGACACACAGGUCAAAUUUGCCACUUGUCAACGAAUGUCCCACAAAUAGGGUCAUUGAAGAUGACCUUUGAAUGGCUAUGACAGUUCUCUAAGGCAGGUGUCACUGGAAGUUUGCUCACUGCCCUGCGAACUUUUCGAACGCAGGUAGGAACUCGGGUGAUUUCCAGCUUGCUGUAAGGUUCCAUCAAAAUAACUUACCCCAGAAAAACAGCCAUUAGCUCCUAGAACUGCAUUUAUUCACACACGUCUCUUUUUUUUCUCUUAGGGAAUUAAAAGUGUUGAAUAUUCUUUGAUUGUGGUUUUGGAAGGUAUCUUAGCCAGUGUUCUAUUACUCUGAAGAGAUACCAUGACCAUGGCAAAAAGAUCAGAGGUUUAGUCCACUUUCAUUACAGUGGGAAGCAUGGCGCCACUCGGCAGAUACGGUGCUGGGAAGAGGUAGCCUAGACGUGUACAUCUGGAUCUGCAGGCAGCAGGAAGAGGGAGACUGGCCUGGGCUUUUGAAACCCCAAAGCACAUCCCCAGUGACACACUUCAUCCAGCAAAACUACACCUCGAGGUCCUUCUCAAGUAGUGCCAAGCCCUGAUGACUAAGUACUAAGAUACAGGAACCUAGGGGGGCCAUCCCUAUUCAGGCCACUUCAGAUAGAACUGGUUUUCACAGAGUCAUCUGCCUUUGCCUUCCUCUCCCUGUGUCUCCCUCCUUCCCACAUCCC